AAUUUUUUUUUUUCCUUCUUCUGAUCUCCCUGUGCAAUUCUUUGAGUCUGCAGAUAUUGCUACAAUAGCAAUUUUUUAAUUUAUAAAAUUACAUAAAAAUUAAAACAUAAUAAAAAUGCCUGUGCGAAUGGUGGAAUCCCCAACACCUUCUAAUUCCUCUUCAGGUGCAAAUCAUGGACACACUUGUCUACAACCUUGUUCACUUUUAAGCGUUGGACAGGCAUUUUCCGGGACUCAAAAUGUUUCAAGUCCACAAAAAGAGGAAGCAUGGAGAGUUAAUGUGCGAAUCCAAGGUUGUGACCUCAAUCAUGGAUAUUUGUGUGGCACCAUGGAAGCUCUAAAUGUCCCGAUGGCAGAUACACCAGUGGUCACUUUUUGGGAGGGAGAAAUUGUUGAUACUAAGAAUUAUACGUUCUUUACCAACAAAUGGAAAGCAACGUCAGAAGUCGACAUAGAUCAUUGGACAAAAUUUCCAUCUUUCUCACCUCUUUUAAGCCAAGUUGAAGUUGAUGGUGGCAAAUCCUUGGAUCUAAGCAACUAUCAGUAUAUAUUUAUGAGGUGGAAAGAGCAAUACUUUGUGAAUGUUGGAGCUGAUUGCGGAUUGACUAUAGCUGGCUUUUACUAUGUUUGCUUUUCUUGUGUAGAUGGUUCGAUCAACGGAUACUAUUAUGAUCCAAAUAGCAGCCCAUUUCAGAAGCUUGAGCUGAAACCAACCAAUGAAGGAAGAUCUGGUUUCAGCUUCUCGUCCUAUGAGUUGCAAUAAGAGUAUCUGUUUGUCCAUGUCAAAUGACAGUAUGGUCGGAAAAAUCAAUGGGUUUUUUACUUAUCAUAUGGAACUUUGGUCUUUAUGUUUUAAUUUUUUUAUCUUGUAUUUAUUGUAUGAAUGCACAAUUGUAAUCCCUCGUUUUACUUUUUGAAGCUGCUAAUCCUGGAUAUGUAUAUUGGGAAUUCACUAAA